UGGAUCCCGACUGUACAGUACGUAGACUUGAGUACAAGGCUGAUGAUGUCAAUGGGUUUCAGAUACUACUGAAGACGGAGAGGUCCUGCAACGAAAGCAAUUCUUCAAAACCAGAUAUUUUAGGUGAGAAUUCUAUUUCCAAGAUUUACCAAACCGAAGAAUUAAAAAAAAUGGAUUCACAAACCAGCGAUCCAUUCGAACCCAUUGACAACAACAUCAUCAAUCCAUCAAAUGAAAAAGAGAUUCUUGAAGACAUGGCUAAUUCUGUGUUCACGGAUAUCUCUGAUAAUGCUUUUAAUAAUGCUGCCGAUGAUGCGUUUAACACAAUUGCUCGAACUGGUGAUCUUGAUCAUUCUUCUGAUCUUGAUCUUUAUUCUGAUUCUGAUCUUGAAUCUGAUUCUGAUCUUGAAUCUGAUUCUGAUCUUGAAUCUGAUUCUGAUCUUGAUCAAGAAAUUGAAGAUGUUUAUUCUCAAGAAAGUGAGGAAUAUCUUGACGAUGAGCUUUUACAAGGGGAGAGCCGUGAAUCAUUUUCCCCAACACAUCAGGUUAAUCGUCUUCUUCCCCACCCUGGACUAGUUCAGGAGAGAAGACGACCACAGUCCCCUGCACAAGAUCGUCUUUUCUUCAAUCUACCUAAACUACUUUUUGGAAUACAAAAAAAACGACCAGCAGGUCACCAUCAGAACCCUCAAUCAAGUUCUCAUAGUUCAGGAGUAAACCCAUCCCAUCCUAUACCAUCAUCUGCUGAAGUUGAUGGUUAUGGAUCUCCAGUAGCAUCUGUGGAAGAUUCUUAUGGGUCACCUUUGGCUCCAGUUGAUGAUUCUUAUGGCUCUCCUGUUGCCUCAGUGCAUGAUUCCUACGGAUCUCCGGUGUCUCCUCUAGACAACUCCUAUGGGUCUCCUACAUCACCCCUUGAGGACACCUAUUCCGCAGCUCCCCCUGUUUUAAUUCCACAACCUCCUGAUUUUAUAUCUCCAGAGCCACAGUACGGUUUUACUCCCUGUCUAUCUUGUCCAACAAGUCCAACAACACCUACUCCUUCCCAAGCACCAGACUCUUAUGGAUCACCUGUUGAAGAUCCCAUUUCAGCCCCAGAUGCAUAUGGCAUACCUUCAACAGAUCUAGUAUCUGCCCCAGAUUCCUAUGGAAUACCAUCUCAGGAUCCAAUUGCUGCUCCAGAUUCAUAUGGCAUACCUUCAACAGAUCUAGUGUCUGCCCCAGAUUCCUAUGGAAUACCAUCUCAGGAUCCAAUUGCUGCUCCAGAUUCAUAUGGCAUACCUUCAGCAGGUCCAGUUUCUGCCACAGAUUCCUAUGGCAAACCUUUACAGGACCCAAUAGUGGCUCCAGAUUCCUUUAGAAUACCACCUUUAGACCCAAUAGAUACUCCAGAUGCCUUUGGAAAGCCUAUAGAUAACUUUUUACCCAACAGCGACUAUGAUAUUGAUCCAUUUGAUGAAACAGUCACUUUUGAAGGAGCAUUCACUCCAGUAUCAGCUUCAGACUUCUACGGAACACCAGAUGCUUCUAAUUCGGCUGAGAAUUCUGCGAAGCCAACUGUCAAGACAACCCAAAGACCAGCUUCAACUACACCUAGAGUAACAACCAGAGCAACAACUAGAGCAUCAGCAAGCUUACCUACUAGAUUACCAUCAAAUAUAAAUCCAGAUGUGGAGUUAAUAGAAAUUCCAGACUUUGUUGUUCCCAUUAGUGCAAAUCAAAUACUAAAAAAUAAGACAAACACUGCUUCAAGUUUUAGCUUUACUCAAUUUGGAGACAGUGCUCCCUUUGGAUUUGUCAAUAGCAACGAAGAAAGCUUUGGUUUCAGCAACAAUCUUAAUCUUAAUUCUCUUGAGAACAACAAUAAUGUUGGAGGUUCAGAGCUGUUCAAUCCUUUUGGAGUUAGCUUUGCUUCAGGGUUUGGUGAGAAGAAACCAACAACUAGAACUCCUACACAAAGAACUUCAACAACCCCAGCAAUAACAACGUUAAAAAGCACAACCAGGAGACCUCAGCAAAACUUUCAACAACAGAUCUCACCUUUCCCUAAUGACGCAAGACCAGCCAGUGGCUUUAUUGAGCAGGAAAAUACACAUCCACAGUCUCCAACAGGUGGCAUUGGAGUCUCUAAUGGGUUCCAAUCAACACCCAGCCCUUUUGGUAAUUCCAUUCCAACCCAGACCUCUUUUUUUGGAGGUACCAUAACACCACUACAAUUUGUACCAUCAACUGCAAGACCAACCACAAGAACAACUAGACCAACUACAAGACCAACUAGGUCAACUACAAGACGUCAAGUUCUUCUCCAACAAUCUAUUCAACCAACUAUUAAUAUUGAUGAUGGAUUAAAAACCGAGAGUUCUUUAGGGUUUAACCAACCAAUUUUUUUUGGAAGCCCAGAAAAACUACAAAUUAGUAGCUUAAAUGAAAUAACUGGAGCUUCAGGAAUAUUUUUUUCCACUCCAUCAUCUCAGUUUGUUACUCCUGAGGAUUUUGCAACACCAGUUCCUAAAAACUUACAAACUUCAGAUCCUAAUUCUCAGGGUUCUCCAAGAAGGCCAAAUAGUGGAGAGAGAUUUAAAGCCAAUCAAAUUGCAACUACUGGAUCUCCAACCUUUGCACAACAAAACUCCAAGCCUUUACCAAGUGUUGAACUAACAGUACCUUCAAGUAUUGAGACAAAUUCAGAGACUGAACAAGGAAAAAACAACUUGUUUAGUGGCAGCACAACCUUUGGUGGACAGUUUCUAAAAUUGCCUCAGAAAAAUAAUCCGAAAAAAUCAAGAGGUUCAAAACAAUCCUUUGGACAGAAAACAGACAUUUCUCCUGGAUUUAUUCCUGGAGGAAACUCUUUACAGCCAGCAAAUCCCUCACAAGGAAGAAUUGCUAACAGUAAAAGCAUUGAGACGGAUAUUUCACCACCAGAAAAAGAUAUCCAAGAAGUUACUGAUGUUCAACCAAGACCUAAACAACAGACAAUUGACAUUCAACCAAGAAAGGAAUCUGAGGAAACACUAACUGUAUUCUCAAGACGAAACAUGUUAAUGAACAUUAUCCUGAGACCUGGAGGAGGAGAUAAGGACAAAGCUCUUCCUAGACCCAAGGUUGAAGUUACAUCUGAGGGGGCAAAUGUUAUUUUAGUUCGGCUAACAUUCCCAGAGAAUGAAAACAUUCAUGGUCUACGUGCAUUUACACCUACUGAUCCAAAGGAAUUAAAUAAGUUUGAUGAACUUAAAGACGCAUUUGGCCCAGAAGCUAGAAUAGAUAGAAUUCAAGGACUUAGCUCCGAGGAAAGUUCUGAAGAUGAACUAAUCAAUUCUAGAGAUUUGAAAAAAACAGAAAAACUUACUGCCCUGAGACCUAAUGCAAUACUAAGUUCACCCACUCGACCAACAAGACCUCCAAAAAAUGAAAACGCUGUUACUUCUUCGUUUAGUUAUCUGCCACCACCAAGUGCGCCUGCUCCAAAUCCAGCUCCUACCCACAGUUACCUACCCCCUUCUGUCUCUUUAACAAAACCAUCUCUAAACAACUUUCCUCCUCCAAUCAAACCUCAACAAAAAGGCUUUAAUUCAAAUAACAAUGGAUUUUUCAAUCUGAAGCUAAGUGCAGAAGACACAAGUUCUGAGAGAGAAGGCAAGAUUAAACCUCGUAAUAUACAAAAUCCUCCUCAGCAACUUAAUGUAAACUUACAAGAGAGACCAAGAGCCUAUUUCUACCCAGUCACAGAGUCUUUCAGAUCCCAAGAAGGGUUCAGCAACGAAGUAAGAUCUACUGAAUUCCUUUUCAGAGAUACUCCUGAACUCCUGGAAAAUGAGAUUUCAGGGGAAAAGCUAAAAUACAAACCAAAAACAAAAUGGGGUGGACAAAUCCCGCCACGCCCCAAAUCCCCUCCAACACAUCUCCAGAAUGAGCCCCUGCUGGGAAACCAUCCUCAACAAACAUUGCAUGGAAGAGAACAUCGGCGACAAGGACGAAAGGACAUUCCAUUAAACAGUCAGGAAUCAAAAGAAAGAAAAAAGCACAACUUUUUUGGGGUGGGAGACUUUUUAGAGACUGGAAUAGCAGGGUUUAAUUUCUUAGUUCCUGAAUGGAAUGGAUGGAGAAGACUUUGAAAAAAAAGAAAAUCCAUUGAAAUAAAAUUUUAAAACCA